GCUCUUUUGUUAGCAGAAAGUAAGACACGAUAAUUACCCGACAUGGCGCGGGAUGAUACUAUUGUCAACAGAAACCAAACAGCGCAUGGAUGACAAUGUUAUUUCCAUGGUUACCGCGCCAGGCCGUAUGAACAACCCGCAGAUACCCGCAGAUCUAUCAGUCAACAUGGACGCCGAUACUGCAGACGUGUACAGAGAGGGAAAGGUGGUGAGGUGCCCUGAUGGAAAUGGAGACAUCAUUACCCUCAAGGACACAGAGAGUAUCAACGGGAUAGUGCCAUAUGACCGCAUUGGGGAGAUAUCGCGCAAUUUCUGCAAGUUCCCUCUCCGCAAAGAUGAUAUUUUUAUUACGGCUUUUGUGAGGUCGGGUACUCACGUGGUGUGGGAGAUAACAACAAUGUUGACCAAGAACAUGACCGAACUGACCGACCUACCAAAGCAAGAAUCCAUGAUAGAAUUGAUGACUGAUGAAGCUCUUGAGAGCCUCCCGUCUCCACGUGUCCUGAAUAACCAUUUUCCUAACUGGCUCUAUCCAAAGGAAGCCCUGACGAACCCAGUUCCCCAAAUUAAGCGUAUUGCGGAACAUAUUGGUUUUCCCAAAGACCAAGACACGUACGAACAGAUAGCCAAAGUCACCAGCUUUAAAGCAGUGCGCCAGAACAAACGCGUCAAAGGCUUAAAUCGCCAGUACAACACUCCCACGUCUCAGCCCUGGAAGGAUGGCUCUCCCGGGAUCUACAGAAAAGGCAAGGUUGGAGACUGGAAGAAUCACUUUACAGUGGCACAAAACGAGAGAUUUGACACCCUCUAUCGGCAGUGGACACUAAAUACAGACAUCAACUGCGAGUUCAGUCUGUCUGUCAACAUGGACGCCGAUACUGCAGACGUGUACAGAGAGGGGAAGGUGGUGAGAUGCCCUGAUGGAAAGGGAGACAUUAUUACCCUCAAGGACACAGAGAGUGUUACCGGGAUAUUGCCAUUUGACCGCCUAGGGGAGAUUUCGCGUAAUUUCUGCAAAUUCCCGCUCCGCAAAGACGAUAUAUUUCUUACCGCUUUUGUGAAGUCGGGCACGGUUGGAGACUGGAAGAAUCACUUUACAGUGGCACAAAACGAGCGAUUUGACGCCCUCUAUCGGCAGUGGACAAAAAAUACCGACAUCUGCGUCCGUUUUGAGAUUUGA